AGCAGAGUCACGUGACCAGCAGUGCAUCAGAUUUAAAUUGUGGUUAUUUGUCACCGUUCGAAUGCGAAGAAGAAGAGGAGUUUUUUUUUAGUUUCAGAGGCGCUUGAGUGUGCGUUUAAAACCUCGUGUUUACAGCUGAAGGUUCCGCUGCAGGUCUGAUCCGGAUCGAUCUGUUGCCCACCGAGGAGAUGGACUGUCGAGCUCAGAACGAUGUGUUCUUUCUGAUCGAUGAGAAGUUCGACUUCGAUGUUUCUCUGUCUCCCGCCAGCUCCAAAGGUGACGAAGACGAAGACGAGGUGUUCGUGGGUCCCGUCGGCCACGUGGAGAAGUGCGUCUCCGCCAAUGUGGCGUCCCUCAGCGGCGGCGUGCGGACGAGCUGGAGUCCGCUGAACGGCGAGCAGAUGGAGGCCAUGUGUCAGGAGGCCCAGACGCUCGCCGGCCAGCUGCAGCGCGCCGGCCUCCUCGCGCCCCCGCCGCUCCCCGACGAGGCGCCUGGCGGCGACUCGUUCUCCCAGGGAGCCGAGGCCCAACUGGGCGCCAUCGAUCGCGGCGCCGCUGCACCGAGCCCCGUCAAAAGGCAGACCUUCUGCGUGCAGGACAGUCCCAUGAAGCAGCUGCCGCCUGCCAUCCGCCACCGCCUGCUGACGCAGGGCGCCGCCGCCACGGCUGCCCCCGCCCGCCCGGCCUCUACGUCCACAUCCGCCCGCCCUGCUGGCAGAGGGGGCGCCUCCAGUCCCGCGGCCAGGCCCCCGCCCAGGAUGGGGCUGCGUGGGAAAGCCACCCUCGGCGCAGCCGUGGUGCUGCCCAGCAAACCGGCCGCGGCGGCGCUCCCGUCUGCGGCCGUCAAGAGGCGAGCGGAGCGACUGCAGCCGCCGAGCAAACCGACGGGGGGUUGGAGGCGGAGCCCCUCCAGCAGAGCCGGGUCAUGUGACGAUCUUCUCUCUGAUUCAGCGAGCGUGGCGUCUGACAUCAGCGACUCGUCCCUCAACUCCAGUCUUCUGGGAAAGCGCACCAUGGCUCCGCCCACCAAGCGUGCUCUGGGGAACCUGUCAGGUGUGAAAGCUCCGCCCCUUCAGAGGAUGAAGGUGACUGAGAGGAAGAACACGUCCUCUUCCUCGUCCUCGGUGUCCAGCUUCAACUCCAGCCUCUCCCUCUCCCCCGCUACAGGUAAAGUGAACUCCUCUCUGAACCGGAGACAGAGCAGCUCCGUUGGCCCCGCCCCCAGCAGGCCGGCCAGUCACAGCAGGCCGCGCCGCUCCACCACCACCGCCGCCGCGGCGGAGCCAGCGCCGUCCACCGCUGGCCGCCGCUCGCUGUCGCUGCGGGCCAGGAAGCUGUCGGAGGCGGAGCACGUCAAAGCCCCCGUGUCCACGCCGCGUAAGAGGCCCGAGGCCACGCCCGUCCACAUGACGCCCGCCAAGAGGGCUACGGAGAGGGCCGCCUCCACCCCCCCCGCGGCCUCGACCCGGCUGCACAGCGGCUUAAAGAACAAGUCCAGGCCCGAGGCGCCGGUCCUACCGACACCCGGCGGGAGGGUCCGAGGAGUCGCUGCCGGAGCCUUGAGGCCAAACAGGCCGCCGUCGGUGAGCGGCGUGGACAGUCGUCUUCCUCAGAAGGCGACUUCUGGUCCUCUGACGCCUUCAGCCGCCGCCGGCCGGGCGUUGCCGCUGACGACGCGGCGCCCCUCCGCCCUCCCCACCCCGGUGAGGCGCAGGACGCCCGCCAUCCCCGUCGCCACGCCGACUAGACGUCCGCCCACUUUUGACUUUGACCCCGCCUCCGUACGGAGGGAGAUGAGCUGCAGCCCCACCCCCGAGGAGGCACAGGAGGUGGAGCCUGUUCAUGCACCAGACGUCCAGCCCUUCUGUCUCGAGGAGGGGGAGGAGCCGCCUGCUGCCCCGCCCACCACCCCGCCGCAGCCCGACCAAUCAAAGAACUCCGAUCCUCAGGACGACUCGCAACACGACCAGAGCCCGAUGGAGCUGGAAAGCACAGAAAAGAGCAAGAAACAGGAGGUCCUUCUGUUGGAUCUUCCUGCUCCGACUCCGCAGCCUCACGAGAAACUUCUCAUCGACUUGACCAACACGCCCGACCUGAUCCGGACCAGCGCCACGGCCUGCACCGCCACUCAGCAGCUGAUCGACUUGAGCUCUCCGCUCAUCAAGUGGAGUCCGGAGGAGAAGAGGGAGAACAACGCGCCGCUCAUCAACCUGUCCUUCUGAUCCAGACUCCACAACUCGGCAGAAACUCUAAUCAUUUAAAUUACUGUUUGGUUUUUAAAUGUUAAAUUUAAAAAUAAUCAAAGGUGGAGUGUUUUCUGCAUCUGAUUGUACCGUUGGUCUUUUUUAUUUGUCUCCGGCUUGCUGCUCUUAUUGAUGUCUGAAUAAAUGUUGUUAAUGUCACUCCUGUCAUUUCAUUUAAUUAUAGAGGUGUAUCAGUACGUUUGAUCCUCCGUUGCAACAGAGGAAGAGUAGAAAAAGUAAAAAUACAAUUGUAAUAAUUAUAAAAUGUCUAAAAUUCAUUGACUGACUGAGGUUAUUUUAGUAUUCUUCAUCUGCAGCUUAGUUACUAAAUGGAACACUGAGUAUAGAUUUAUAGCGCCCCCUGUGGGCUUCCUGUUCUCUGGUUGCAUAAGAACUAAAAUUGUAACAAAUCCAAGGCUUCAAGGAACAAGUCCACAGUACGUUCUCUUCUCUUUAAACGACAUCUUCUCACUAGACAUUA